UGUGUUUCCACGUGAAAGAGGUAAAAGUAAAGUUUGAUGACAUAUCUAAUUGGCACAUCACAAAUUAUCCAUUACUUGGAACGUAUAACUCGAUAAGUAUAUUCUGCGAAUCGAAACGGAAGAUACAGUAUAUUAAUUUUAUCGAAAAGUACAGUAUUUCGUCACUCUCUUUGCCCGGUUACAACACCAGAUGCAAAUUUCUAGGAGUGGUUUGUCCGGUUCCAAUCACAUAAAUUCAUUUGAUAUUCUUCGAGGAUACCAUUUACUUUUCGGCUUUGAAGUUAUUCUAUGAUUUAAAUACAGAUUUACAGAUGAAGUCAUUCUCAGUAUUAAAGAUCGCGUUGUCAAUUUGCAUUAUAUCUCAAUGCAUGCAAGAAGCAAAAAGUUCUUCCAUUUUUAGGAAAAUUUCGGGCAAAGUAGUAAAAGUUGGAGAUGAACGUGUUCAUGCUUAUUUAGGCAUACCUUACGCAACUCCUCCAGUUGGAAAUUUAAGAUUUCAGAAACCACGACGUGCGAGAGCUUGGAAUUCUGUGUAUAAUGCAACACGGAAACCACCGGCAUGCAUACAAGAUUUACAUUAUUACAGUGACGAAUGGCCGAUGCGUGAUCCAAAAGACAUAAGCGAAGAUUGUCUUUAUAUGAAUUUAUGGGUUCCUACUUCUAAACGAGGUCGGGAACCAUUUGCUACCAUGGUUUGGAUUUACGGAGGUGGAUUCAAUACCGGCAGCUCAAAUAUGGAUAUUUAUGAUGGUUCCGUUAUAUCAGCGGUGGGAAAUGUUAUUGUUGUCUCAUUCAAUUACCGUGUUGGAGCACUUGGUUAUGCAAAUUUUGAACAGAAAUGCGCGCGUGGAAAUAUGGGAAUGUUGGAUCAAGUGAUGGCGUUAAAAUGGGUUCAUCGGAAUAUAGAGGAUUUCGGUGGUAAUAAGGACUUGAUAACGAUAUUUGGUGAAAGCGCAGGAUCAGUCUCAGCUGCGCAUCAUAUGAUCUCGCCAAUGACGAAGGGGUUAUUUAAACGAGCAAUCCUGCAAAGUGGAAGUAAUUACUACAAAGAUUAUGCAUCAGAUCCUAUAGUAAACUUCGAAUUGAUAUCGAAGUUCGCUAAGGAAUUAGGGUGUAUAGAAAAUAACACUUUAAACUGCAUGAGAAAAGUAAACCCUUUUGAUUUAGCAGCCACCGAAAAGAAAUAUUUAAUAACCGAACAAAAGUUUGUGAGUUUCUUCCCACAAAAAGGACUUCCAUAUCUACCAGAGGAUCCACGUCAUAACAUAGAUAUAGGCAAAUUUCACGACGUCGAUGUUUUGAUAGGAGAAACUAAGGAUGAAGGUUCACUUAGUGUAGUCGGGUAUAAGCCAGAAACAUGGGUUCAAGAGAACCCCGUUCUGUCAAAAUCGGAAGUAAAAUACUUUUUAGGUAAAUACUACGAGUUAAAAGGUGAACGUCUCGAUCGCCUCUUUGAGGAAUAUUUAGGAAACGUAUCCGAAACAGAUUCCUCAACCAUCCUUCAGCAGUUUAUCAAAGCUUUAGGAGAUGGAGUAUUUUCUUGUCCUAUAUUGCAUCUGGCUGAGAAACUGUCGAGAUACAACAGGAAAGUCUUCCAUUAUACCUUCAAUCACACUCGAUUCCAAUCGGAAGCGAAGGAAUGGGUAGGAGUAAUUCAUUUCGAAGAUGUGUACUUCGUGUUUGGAAUGCCUUUUGUAAGAAGAGAAAACUUUACGGCAGAAGAAGUGCGAUUUAGCAGAAGAAUAAUUGAACUGUGGACUUCUUUUGCCAAAACAGGAAAACCUUCGUACAACGGAAUGGAAUUCGAAUGGAAGACAUUUAACCAGGAAAAAAGAAACAGCCUUUCCUUAACUCUAGGAAACUUUCAUCUGAGAGAUGCAACAAUAGAAAAGUGCAGAUUUUGGGAGAAAUUCCACAAUUACAAUUAAUGGAGAAAAAUAAUUUUAAAUAAUUGUUUAUUUUUAACUUUUGUAUUAUCGAUUAAUGCUUAUACUUGUACUCAAUUAAAUAUGCAAAAAUAUAAUAGAAACGGUACGUCUUGUAAUACUGUUACAAAGAAGAAUUUCUUUCUAACAAUGAAAAACCAAGUAUUCUACGGUAUAAUACUGAAAUUAUAUUUCGUAUUGCUUAUGCUGAAUUGAAUAAUAUUACAAGUGAAAACAAUAUAAUUAUUUGUAUUUAUGAAAUUAUUAUAUUUGGUUAUUUUAAUAAAAUGUCUCGAUACAACCAUUUGUUAAA